AACAGGGAAAGGCCUACAACACCCAGGGACCCUGUCAGUGCAGAGGGGGUGGGGGGUGGGGGAAGGUCUGUGGUCUCCCUCAGAGACACCAGAAAGGGACAUGUUCCCAAGCAAGAUCAGCUGGUCCUGAAUGAACACACGUGGGACCGGCCACAGAUGCCCAGGCUGUCCCCAGGGAGCACGAAGAACUUGAGGAGACCCUAGCCUCCCGCCUGGCUGUUUCCAGAACCCCAAGCCAGGUGUGUCCAGGCCACCACAGCACCAUGGACCAAACACCCAUCAUCUGUGACUACGGUUCUGGCUUCAGCAAGGUGGGCUUUGCAGGAAAUGAGGCCCCUCUGUCUGUCUUCCCCACCAUCAUCGGGAAACUGAAACAUAAUAACCUGCUGGUGGGGACGGAAGAAGAAGACUGUUUCAUUGGAGCUGAGGCCCAAAAUAAUCUGGUACAGCUGAACCUGAACCACCCCAUCACCCGGGGAGCCAUUGCCAACUGGGACAAUGUGGAGAAGAUUUGGCAUCACUCCUUCUACCAGGCCCUCCACAUCUCCCCCGAGCAGCACCCUGUAAUGAUAACAGAGCCACCGUUAAACAGCAAGGAUGUUAAAUCAAGAAUGACACAGCCUGCUGCAAGAGGCACUCAUGAGCACCUGGGCAGUGUGUGCCACCUGGCCGGCCAGCAUGCCAAUCUUCCUCCCCAGAUCCUCUUUGAAACCUUCAACGUCCCCGCCCUGUACAUGGCUAACCAAGGGGUCCUCUCCAUGUACGCUGCUGGCAGAACCUCUGGGACAACUAUUGAAUCUGGAGAAGGGAUGACAUACAUUGUGCCUAUUAUGAAUGGCUAUCCUUUGCAACUGUCGACCCUCAAGCUGGACGUAGCUGGACAAGACCUGACUUCGUACCUCCUGAAACUGCUUUCAGACAGUGGGAACUUGUUAGUGGGUGCAGCUGACCGUGAGUACAUCCGGGACCUGAAAGAGAAACACUGCUAUGUGGCACUGGACUAUGACAUGGAAAUAUCAAAAACCGCGGCGCCCUCCUGCCAGAAAAAAUUCCAGUUGCCCGAUGGCAAGGAAGUCAGCAUGGGGCAGGAGGCUUUCAUGUGCUCAGAGGCCCUCUUCAAUACCAGCCUCAUCGGGAAAAGCAACCUGGGGAUCCACAUUCAGGCCCAGGAGAGCAUCACAUCCUGCGACCGCUCCUACUGGAAGACUCUUUUUAGUCAUAUCAUGGUGUCUGGCGGCACCGGUGCCUUCUCAGGCCUACGACUCCGGCUGCAGAGAGAGAUAACAAAUCUGGCCUCUCCAGACCUCUGUGUGAAGGUGGCCAUCUCUCCAUAUGCCAAGUACGGUGCCUGGGUAGGUGCCUCCAUCUUGUGCUCUCUCCCUAUGUUCAAGGACAUGUGGGUCACAAGUCAGGAAUAUAGGGAAAUUGGCCCUUCCGUCAUGUGUAGAAGAAACCUCUGACUGGUGACUUUCAGGUUCCAUCACCUGGGCCAACAUCACCAUGCCCAGGCUGAGCCUCAGCCUAACUGAGCAGGCCACAGUUAGAACAAGCUUACAGCAAGGCCCCUUUUCUCCUGGAAGACAGUAAAAGUAUGCAACGGG